AUGAUUGUAUCCAACGUGAGCUGCUUCGCCACUGUCACCACGGAGGAGCAGCGGCAGCAUUUGUCCAGCACGGUGCCCCCUGCUUCUUCUUCAUCAUCAUCAUCAUCUUCUCCCGCUGCGUCCCCGCCGUCUCUCACUCCCACGGGACACUUCGUAGUAGCGGUGUACCUGGGCGUCAUAGGCACGGUGGGCUUCCUCACCAACUUCCUGGUGCUCACGCUGUUCUGCCGAUACCGGGCACUGCGCACGCCCAUGAACCUCAUGUUGGUGAGCAUCUCCACCAGCGACCUGCUCGUGAGCGUGCUCGGGACCCCGUUUAGCUUCGCGGCCAGCACCCAGGGGCGAUGGCUCAUAGGGCGCGCGGGGUGCGUGUGGUACGGCUUCGUCAACGCGUGUUUGGGUAACAUCGUGUCUCUGAUCUCACUGGCUGUCCUGUCCUAUGAGCGCUACUGCACCAUGAUGAAGCCCACCAUGGCGGACGGCAGGGACUACCGCGCGGUGCUGGUGGGGAUCUGCUUCUCCUGGCUCUACUCUCUGUUGUGGACAGUGCCCCCCCUGCUGGGCUGGAGCAGAUAUGGGCCUGAGGGGCCUGGGACUACCUGCUCGGUGGACUGGAAGACACAGACGGCCAACAAUAUCUCGUACAUAGUGUGUCUGUUCGUCUUCUGCCUCCUCCUGCCCUUCGGUGUUAUCUUGUACUCGUAUGGCAAGCUGCUUCAGGCCAUCAGACAGAGUUCAAAAGUACUUAUUACUGUCUGGAAAAAACGGCAAAUUAUGAUGUUUAACAUACUAAUCCAAAUUUGGAUCUGUUUCUUUCAAGUUUUGAGUUGA